GAUAUGAUGUAAUGUUUAUCCAUUUUACUGCUAGGGAGUAAUUUUUUAAUUAUCCAUUCAAGGCGAUUGAUUGACGUUUGUUGACGUUUCAAUCCUAACCUCAAAUAUUUACUAAAAAAUGAAUAUUUUACCUAAAAAAAGAUGGCAUGUUCGUACGAAGGAAAAUAUAGCACGAGUUCGUCGCGAUGAAGCCAAGGCAGCUGCCGAAGAAAAGGAAAGAGAAGAGAGGGCUAAACUUGCUGAGCGUGAAGCACGAACGAAUUUAUUACGUGCAAAAGCGAGAGAACGUCUCCAAAGUCAAGAUUUCAUAGCGUUAUCUACUAAAGUUGAGCAACACCCAAAUGAGCAUGUCAACUUCUUUGAAGAGUUAGAAGAUGGUACAGCUGAAACUAAGAAAACUAAUAAAGAUCACGAAAAAGAAAAGAAAGAGGAGCAGGAAAAGUAUGAGAAACAAAUCGGGUAUUUAACUUAUUUAGGACAGGAUACAAAUGAAGCGCUUGGUAAACGUAAUUGGUACGAUGUUGCACCUGACCGUUCCACUAAGAAGGAAGAGGUGAACCUGAAGAAAAAACUUCUGUAUGAUCCGCUGAUUGAAAUGAAGAAACAUUUAGCUGUACCGACAGAAACAGCAGCAAAACCGGCCGUCAUUCAGAGCACUCCGGUCUGUAGGAAACGCAAACGGACAAGGCGACACAGCUCAUCUUCUGAACGAACAGUGCGUAAAUCGCAUAAGAAACAUAAGAAGCAUAAGCAAAAGAAGAGUAAGCGAAGUUAUGCAAGUUCCAAUGAUGGUUAUUCAUCAGGUGAUGAAGUGAGGAAGAAGAGUAAAUUGGAGCAGUUGCGUUUGGAGCGUUUGAAACGUGAGAAUGCCGAGCGAAAGAAGGCGGAAAUCCUGAUGGCAAAGAUGAGAGGGGAGACUGUUGUUGCCGAACCCAAGCCUGUGGAAGAACGUGCAGUGAAGCAGAAAUAUAAUUCUCAGUUUAAUCCCGAUUUGGCUAAGCAGAAUUAUAUGUAGUAUGUAGUGAAAUUAUAUAUUGGUGUGAUAUAAAAUAUAUUAUGUAUUUAAUUGUCUGUAAGAA